AUGGAGAAGGCGGUGGUGGCCGCGUUGAUGGUGGUGGCAGCGGUGGCGGCGCUGCUGCCGGCGGCGAUGGCGGGGGUGGUGGACUUCUGCGUGGCGGACUUGGCGGCGGCGCCGACGCCGGCAGGGUACCCGUGCAAGAAGGAGGCGGCGCUGACCGUGGACGACUUCGUGUUCAGCGGCCUGAGCAAGGCGGCGAACACCACGAACAUCAUCAAGGCGGCGGUGACGCCGGCGUUUGACGCACAGUUCCCGGCGGUCAACGGGCUGGGGAUCUCCCUCGCCAGGCUGGACCUCGCCCCCGGCGGCGUGAUCCCGCUGCACGUUCACCCCAACGGCAACGAGGUCCUUGUGGUCACGCAGGGCGCCAUCGCCGCCGGAUUCGUCAGCUCCUCCAACGCCGUCUACUACAAGACCCUCCACAAGGGUGACGUCAUGGUCUUCCCCCAGGGUCUUCUCCACUUCCAGAUCAACGCCGGCGGCAGAUCCGCAGUGGCCCUGGUCAGCUUCAGCAGCCCCAACCCGGGGCUUCAAAUCACUUCCAUCGCGCUGUUUGGGAGCAGCUUCCCCUCGAGCCUGGUCUCCGGGACGACCUUCCUCUCCCCCGCGGAAGUCAAAAGGCUUAAGGCCGUCCUCGGCGGCACCAACUGA